GUUUUAGUUGUGGUCUGGUCUGUCUCUGUCUGCUGUGCUGACUGCUGAGUUGGUUUGAUGGUUUUUGUUUUUGGAGGAAACUUGUUGGAUUUGGAGUUGGUCAGUUGGAGUGUUGGAGAGGAGAGGAGAAGUGAGAACGAGAACCGAGAUCCGAGAAGAGAAGAGGAGAGGACACUGAGAACAGUGAGAACGAGACAUUGAACAACGAACAAGGCCGCCAACCAUCUUUCCAGUUUUGAGGCAUUCCAGAGGUGUAAAGAAUGUUCAAAAGAACUCCAAAAAUCUACCCAGUUGAGGCUGUCUCUGGCCGGUGAGCAGUCCUAAGUUACAUUAGGACUCAAAAAUGGCAUCUGGCAAAACUCAAGUUUCGAUGGAGUGGAAGAAAAGGGUGAGGCUUGAAUAUAAACGGAUUAGACAAAUAAAACGGCACAAAUGGGCAGACGAAGUGAAGGUCGCCUGGAAUAACAAUGCUGCUAAAAUGGAAGAUCUCCUGGUGGCUGAGCAAGAGCGAUGGCUGAACAGUAAAGCAGUCUGGAUGUGCCAGGCGGAAUUGCCGCCUCGUUCAUCCUGCAUGAAGAAAGCGGAUGUGUCUUGCUCUGACAGCAAUGCCAAAUCUGUACCUAUUGUCGUGAUGAAUGCUGUUGCACAGAUACCCACUAUGUAUACCUGGGCCCCCAUUCAGCAAAACUUUAUGGUUGAGGACGAAACAGUUCUCCACAACAUCCCGUACAUGGGGGACGAGAUCCUUGACCAAGAUAAGACCUUUAUUGACGAGUUGAUCAAGAAUUACGAUGGUAAGGUGCACGGAGAACAAGAGGGUAACAUCGACGACACACUGUUUGUGGAAUUGGUAGACGCUUUGGUUCCAUAUCAUAUCAAAGACCAGGAAGAAGCUGAGGCAGCGGCCAAAGAAAAGACGAACACUACUCCAUCUACAACUCCUCAGAAAAGUACAAACAAAAUGAAUGAAAAACAAUUCCCUGCCCAGAUAGUUUUUCAGGCUGUAUCGGCUAUGUUUCCUGACAAGGGUAGUCCUGAAGAAUGCAGAGAAAAGUAUCGUGAGUUGACUGCGCCAAACGCACUACCAGCCGAGUGUACACCGAACAUCGACGGACCCAAGGCGGAGUCAGUCCCUCGAGCUCAAACCAUGCACUCGUACCACACACUGUUUUGUCGUCGGUGCUUCAAAUACGACUGUUUUCUGCAUAGACUAAAAGUACAUCAUCCUGGACCCAACUUGACCAAACGCAAGGGGCCAGAUUUAAAAAACUUCUCCGAAUCUUGCGGCUCUGACUGUUAUAUGCUUUUGGAAGGGAUGCAGGAAAAGUUGGCAGCUGCUGCGAAAACCGCUGCGGCCACAGAACAGGCAAAAGAAGACAUGGAAGAGCAGAACGGAGUGAAAGGAGAGAACUCUGGAGUGAGGAAAGUGAGAAAACAAACAUCUGUAGACUCUGGCAAUGAAGCUAGCUCAGAAGACAGUAACGACAGUAAAGAAGGAGACAAGGAAGACGGUGAAGGUGAAGGGGAGGGAGAGGCCAGUGGAGGGGAGGUAGUGUCUCACCAGGCUGGGUUCUCCCUGCUGCCUCUCAUGCCCUCUAGUGAUCAGAAGGAGUGGACAGGCAGCGACCAGAGUCUGUUUCGAGCUCUGCAUAACGUGUUUCUCAACAACUACUGCGCCAUCGCUCAGAUCAUGCUUACCAAAACCUGUCAACAGGUGUAUCAGUUUGCGCAAAAAGAGGCGGCUGAUCUGGAGAUCAUGGAGUCGAUGAAAGACUACACACCGCCGAGGAAGAAGAAAAAGAAGCACCGUCUGUGGUCGAUGCACUGUCGCAAGAUCCAGCUGAAGAAGGAAAACAGCAGCAAUCACGUGCAUAACUUCACGCCUUGCGAUCAUCCGAGCAGUCAGCCGUGCGACAACAACUGUCCUUGCGUCGCAACAGGGAACUUCUGUGAGAAGUUCUGCCAAUGCAGCUCCGACUGUCAGAACAGGUUCCCUGGCUGCAGGUGCAAGGCUCAGUGUAACACCAAGCAGUGUCCUUGCUACUUGGCUGUACGAGAGUGUGACCCAGACUUAUGUCAGACUUGCGGAGCUGAUCAUUUUGACAUUCAGAAGAUCACCUGCAAGAACGUCAGCGUACAACGUGGCCUCCACAAACACCUUCUAAUGGCUCCGUCAGAUGUCGCUGGUUGGGGAAUAUUCUUGAAAGACUCGGCUCAGAAGAACGAGUUCAUCAGUGAAUAUUGCGGUGAAAUUAUCACUCAGGACGAGGCAGACAGGAGAGGCAAGGUUUACGACAAGUACAUGUGCAGCUUCCUCUUCAAUCUCAACAACGACUUUGUUGUUGACGCCACCAGGAAAGGCAACAAGAUUAGAUUCGCCAACCAUUCCAUUAGCCCUAAUUGCUACGCUAAGGUGAUGAUGGUGAACGGAGAUCACCGAAUUGGAAUCUUUGCCAAAAGAGCGAUCCAACCUGGAGAGGAGUUGUUCUUUGACUACAGAUAUGGUCCAACAGAGCAGCUGAAAUUUGUCGGAAUUGAGAGGGAAAUGGAGUUCCUGUAAGCGUUUCACGUCGUCGUUUGUAUAAUAUCACUUAUUUUUUUACUUUGAGAUUAAGUUUUCUGUUCACUACCUAUUAUUUCUUAGUUGAUGUAUUCGUUUAAGUAUUUCUUGGACUUAGUUUUAAAUUUUCAAACCCAUAAUAACCAAAUAGCAGGUAGAAAAAGACAGAUUACAUUUAAUUUCCACCUUUUAGUCAAUGCAUCUUCUACAUUUUGCAGUUAGUUCUAAGUCAAGCUUUAAACAUUUCCAAAAAAGUUGUUAAAUAAGUAAUUUAUUUUUAGUAUUCUUGUUUGGAUUGCUAUUUGUUAUUACAAUUUAAUUAAGUUUUCUACGUGAUUUAUACUUUUUUUAAUAUGCCAUUUUACCCUAAUGAUAAAUGAACAAAGAAUAUUUUAGUUACUCAAACCUUUUACUUUUUGUUCUUAUUCUUGCAAGUCAGCUCAAUAAUUAUUUGUAUCUAACUUUGUAUUGAUUUAAGACAAGAAUUUAUUACAUUUAUGAAAUAUCGAAAAGUAAGUUUUACUUUGUUAAAAAUAAUAGUUAAAACUAUAAAUUACUAAAUUUGUCAAGUUACUGUUAUCAU